GAAAAAUCUGGAAUUGUGACCGGUAUUUGAGUCGUCUUCCUUUAUCAUCUCUGAGCGGGAAUAAACAUUGUGACCCAGAUAGUCGCAAAUUACGCCGAGUAACAGUCGGGAAUUGGCCGACAAGAUUUAAACACCAAGCGCCAUGGUCGGCGAUUCCUCGUCAGGUUCUUUGACCGCUUCAGAGCCACAGCAAUGGCAAGAUUCAUCCAAAAAAGAAACUCUAGAAACCGAAGUUUUCGAAAAGGCAAAUGAAAAUGAAGCGAAUGAUGUCGAUGUCGAAGAAGCAGAUAACAGCUCAACGCGAUCUGGCCUGUUCAGGAGGUUAUCAUCAGCGCGCAAGAGGAAGCUGGAAACAGAUUCUCCGCCGGUAGUAAUCCCUGUCACAGACCUUGAAAAGGGCAUUGUCGGAUGGGACAGUCAGCACGAUCCCGACAUGCCACUCAACUUUUCCCGUAGCCGCAAGUGGUUCAUCACAAUCCUGUUAUCAGCCAUUACGUUUAUGACGCCUUUUGCUUCGUCCAUCCUUGCACCUUCGCUGGCGGCUUUGGAGAAAGAUUACGGCGUGGACGAUGUUACCUUGGGAUCGAUGCCCGUCAGCAUAUUUCUGCUGGGAUAUGCAAUUGGACCUCUGUUUCUGUCGCCUUUAUCCGAGAUUUACGGUCGAAAUGUGAUACUUAUAGCCGCAUGCGCCUGGUUCUGCAUCUGGCUCGUGGGCUGUGCGCUUGCUCCAACACUCAAUACACUCAUAUUCUUCCGGUUCAUGUCAGGUGUUGGCGGCUCAGGGUGUCAAACCAUUGGCGGUGGUAUUAUCGGCGACAUGUUUCCUGUAACUGAACGUGGAAAGGCAAUGACUAUCUGGAUGCUGGGUCCCGUUGUAGGCCCUACCGUUGCGCCCGUCAUUGGUGGCUUUGUGUCUGAGACGAUCGGCUGGCGUUGGGUCAACUGGUUGUCUUUUAUACCUGCUGCUAUCGUGGUGGUAGCCAUGAUCUUCUUGAACCGUGAGACAAAUCAUCGAGUGUUGAUUGAACGCAAAACAAAGAGGCUUCAAAAAGAGCUCAGCCAGCCCGAGCUCCGAAGUUGCUACAUCGACCCGGAUGCCCCCGUCCUAAGCAAGAGACAGAUCUUGACGCUUGGACUGAUUCGGCCACUGAAGAUGCUUUUUCGCUCGCCAAACAUCUUUGGGUUAUCGCUGUAUAUUGCCUUUGCGUAUGGAUGCCUCUAUCUCCUUUACAACACCAUUCCAACCACGUUCGAGGGCAGCUAUGGCUGGACUCUGGGUAUCACAGGCUUGGUGUAUCUUACGCUGCUUGUCGGGUAUGGCAUCGGCCUGCUGUCGUUUGCUCUUCUCUCUGAUAGCACAGUUAUUCGAAUGACCGCCGCUAAUGACGGCGUUUACGAGCCCGAAAUGCGCCUCCCGGAUUGCAUUUGGUUUGCCCUCAUUCUGCCCACCACCUUUUUCUGGUACGGCUGGAGCGCUGACAAGGCCGUUCACUGGAUUGUGCCCAUCAUCGGCAUUGCGCCAUUUGGAAUUGGCAUUGUAGGAGUUUUGUUGCCCAUCCAGACAUAUAUCGUCGAUGCGUACCCGCAAUAUGCAGCGAGUGGCCUUGCUGGAUUUGCCGUCUUGAGAAAUACUAUAGCUGCUUUCUUGCCCUUGGCAGGGCCUCAGCUGUAUAAGAGCUUGGGGGUGGGUUGGGGAAACUCUUUGCUUGGGUUUAUUGCGAUAUUGUUGAUUCCCAUUCCGGUGCUGAUAUACAAGUACGGCAAAUGGAUGAGGCAACGGUUCCCCAUUGAGCUGUGAGUAAAUGCUGGUUUAAUUGUGCGAUUUGAGCGCCAUUGGAGUUUUAGUUAUUAGCAUUUGGAAAGUUUAAUUCGGAUCUAUCAGGUAUUUCGUAUAAUAAACGAGAUGAAGAG